GGUGUGUGGGGCGGGCUCUCAGUGGUGCGGCCGGCGGGCAGCGAUGGCGGCCGUACGGGGCCUGCGAGUGUCGGUGAAGGCGGAGGCCCCGGCCGGCCCUGCCCUGGCGCUCUCGUUGCCUGAAGUAGAGUCCGGUUUGGAGCGCGGAGAGCCGGAGCCCAUGGAGGUGGAGGAGGGCGAGCUGGAGAUCGUGCCGGUGCGGCGCUCGCUGAAGGAACUGAUCCCGGACACAAGCAGAAGAUACGAAAACAAGGCUGGCAGCUUCAUCACCGGGAUUGACGUCACCUCCAAGGAAGCAAUUGAGAAGAAAGAACAGCGAGCCAGGCGUUUCCAUUUUCGAUCAGAAGUCAAUCUUGCCCAGAGAAACGUCGCCUUGGACCGAGACAUGAUGAAGAAAGCAAUCCCCAAAGUGAGGCUGGAGACAAUCUACAUUUGUGGAGUGGAUGAGAUGAGUACCCAGGAUAUCUUUUCCUAUUUUAAAGAAUACCCUCCGGCUCACAUUGAGUGGUUGGAUGAUACCUCCUGUAAUGUGGUUUGGCUAGAUGAAAUGACAGCCACACGAGCCCUUAUUAAUAUGAGUUCUCUGCCAGCCCAGGAUAAGAUAAGAAGCAGGGACGCCAGUGAAGACAAGUCAUCUGAGAAAAGUAAGAAAGAUAAGCAGGAGGACAGCUCAGAUGAUGAUGAGGCUGAAGAAGGAGAAGUUGAAGAUGAAAACCCAAGUGACGCAGAGUUGGACACAUUGUCUCAGGUAGAAGAAGAGUCUCUGUUAAGAAACGAUCUUCGUCCAGCUAACAAACUAGCUAAAGGAAAUAGAUUGUUCAUGAGAUUUGCUACAAAAGAUGACAAAAAGGAGCUUGGAGCAGCCAGAAGGAGUCAGUACUACAUGAAAUAUGGGAAUCCUAAUUAUGGAGGCAUGAAAGGAAUUCUUAGCAAUUCUUGGAAGCGAAGAUACCAUUCCCGUCGCAUUCAGCGGGAUGUGAUCAAGAAGCGAGCUCUGAUUGGGGAUGACGUUGGCUUGACAUCGUAUAAACAUCGACAUUCCGGACUGGUGAAUGUUCCUGAGGAGCCCAUUGAAGAGGAGGAAGAGGAGGAGGAGGAGGAGGACCAGGACAUGGAUGCAGACGACAGGGUGGUGGUAGAGUACCACGAGGAGCUCCCGGCUGUCAGGCAGGCACGGGAGCGGAGCGCAUCCAGGCGGUCGAGUGACAGCAGCUCAGACUCGGAUGAAAUGGACUAUGAUCUCGAACUGAAAAUGAUUUCCACUCCCUCACCAAAGAAAAGCAUGAAAAUGACUAUGUAUGCUGAUGAAGUGGAAUCUCAGUUGAAGAGUAUUAGGAACUCCAUGAAGGCAGAUAGCAUUUCCACAAGCAAUAUCAAAAACCGAAUUGGUAGCAAAUUACCAACUGAGAAAUUUGCAGAUGUACGGCAUCUGUUAGAUGAAAAACGCCAGCAUUCACGUCCACGGCCACCUGGCAGCAGUACAAAAUCAGAUAUACGCCAGCGGUUAGGAAAAAGACCAUAUUCUCCAGAGAAGGCUUUUAGUGGUAACCCAGUUGCUCGGAGAGAGCCCUCUUCUGAUGUGCACAGUCGGCUAGGUGUUCCCAGGCAAGAUAUUAAAGGCCUCUACUCAGAUACUCGAGAGAAGAAGUCAGGUGGCUUAUGGACUCGCUUAGGAUCUGCACCCAAGACCAAAGAAAAGAAUACAAAGAAAGUGGACCACAGGGCGCCUGGCACUGAGGAAGAUGACUCCGAGCUGCAAAGGGCAUGGGGGGCUCUGAUAAAGGAGAAAGAACAGUCUCGCCAAAAGAAGAGCCGCUGUUACCAGCACCCUUUUCCCAAGAAAAGUCAAUUCCCAGGUGCUUAUUGGACAGCCUUCGAGGGGGAAGAUGAGGGAAGCUGCCAGCUCACCCUUCCAGGACCCUAGUGUGGGGCCGAAUCUCACGGACCUGACCUCAGAGGUGCACCAGUUCCGCCCAGGUAGAUAAGAGACACAGCAUUGAUCGCCCUUCCAUUCCUCCCCGGGGGAUUUCUGUUAGAGGCCUCUUUCUGGCUGUCAGCUUGACGUGAAGAUCAAGAUGUUCAGUGCUGGGAUUUUUAGGAACAAAAAACUGUGACUUCUGGAUUUGGGAUUGAUUUUUGUGCUGGGGUGGGGUUGUGGGUUAAUGUUGAACAAUUUUUAAGUAUUAUGUUUAAGAAAUAUUAAUGAUUUAAAAGUUUAAAUUUUUAAUUUUUAUAUGUGGAAAUUCUUCCUGUUGGCUACAGGGGAAGCUCAAGUAGUGUCUUCUUUUGUGCUGUUAAAUAUAUAUUAUAUACUUUGGAAGAA